UAGUUACUAUACUGUUGUCUACUCAAACGUCUCAUCUCUGGCAGUUUUCUUUGACUCUCUAUUACUCAUCAAGCUAUCGAAGAACCGUUGUUCUUAGCUUGAAAUUUUUGGUAUUGUUUGAUUGAUGUUAAUGCAGUGGCAAAAUUAGCCUUCUUCUUGCUUUUGGGUAAAAUGUCCAGGCCCAUAUAUCUUAAAUCAUACAAUAACAAGUAGGUUCUCUCUCAUUAAGUCUUUUUUAAAAUGUCAGCGAACAUAUAUAAACUCAGGUAAGUUGACAAUUCCAAUUGCAUUCCGAGCAAAGAAGAAAAAUAUCAACGAUGAACUCCUCAAAUCUACAGUCUCACCCAACCGCACCACCACACCUCUUCACCUCCAUCGACAUGGGAACAAACUCCUUCAAACUCCUCAUAGUCCACGCCGACCCCUCCACCAGAUCCUUCGUCCCCGUCGAACGUCUCAAGGAGCCAGUCGUACUCUCCCGCGAAUCUCCAACCUCGAUCUCCCCUCAAUCCCAAUCCCGCGCGAUUCAAUCCCUCCGCAGAUUCAAAUCCCUCAUCCUCUCCCACAACGUCCCACUCAACCAGAUCCGCUGCGUGGCAACAGAAGCCCUCCGCCGAGCGGAGAAUCAAAAACACUUCGUUGAGACGGCGCUCGACGACGUCGGGAUACAGAUCGACGUCCUCUCCGGAGAAGAGGAAGCCAGAUUAGUUUACCUAGGCGUGCUUCAGUUUUUGCCUGUGUUCGAGAGGUCCGUGCUGUGUAUCGAUAUAGGAGGUGGAUCUACUGAGUUUGUUAUAGGUAAGCGUGGUGAGGUUAAGCUAGCUGUUUCUUUGAAGCUAGGGCAUGUGAAUUUGACGCAGAUGUGCGUUGGAUUGGUGGAGAUGAGGGAGUAUAUACGUGGUGUGAUUAAUGAGUCUAGUUUAGGGGAGAGAUUGAGAGAGUGUGAGGGGUUUGAGGUUGUUGUGGGGUCUUCCGGGACGAUUCGAGCUAUUGAGAACGCUGUUUUCAGUGGAUAUGGGAGUGAUCUGUGUCAUCUCGAGGAGGGGUAUAAGAGGGAUUGGAGAUUUGGGAGGAGAGAGCUGAGUGGUGUUGUGGAGAGGUUAUGUAGUGAAGGGGAUGAGGGAUUGAUUAGGAGGGAAGGAUUUUUCGGUAGGAGAGCAGAGUUUAUUGUUGCUGGGGCGGUUUUGUUGGAGGAGAUAUUCGAGGCUUUGGGGAUUGAGGAGAUGGAGGUGUCGGAGUAUGCGUUGGCGGAAGGUGUGAUUGCUGAUUCUUUGGGUAAAGCUUUUGGUGGAUUGUAUGAUUUGAAUGCUAAUGCGAGGUGGAGAUCAGUCAUGAGGCUUGCCACGCGGCUCAAUGGGAAGAAGCGGAUGAAUCAUGCGGUACACUGUGCUAAUAUCGCCAAGGAGAUCUUUGUAGGUUUGAGGAAGUGCAAUGACUUUAACGUCGUGUUAGAUGAUAAGGAUCUUGAGUAUCUUGAAGCUGCUUGUUUUUUGCACAAUAUCGGAAUCAUCACUGGGAAAAAAGGGUAUCAUAAGCAGUCUUAUCAUAUCAUCAAGAAUGGGGAUCAUCUCUACAGCUACACUGCUGAGGAAGUUGAGCUUAUAGCGUUGCUUACGAGAUACCAAAGAAAGAAGUUUCCUAAGCUUGAUCGUGCACCUUUUAAGAAUUUCGCUGAGAAGGCAAAGAGAAAGUUCAUUGUCAUGUGCUUGAUUACACGAUUAUCUGUUCUACUUCAACGGAGUGAGAGUAUGGAUCUCCAAGAAGUUGAAUUUCUUGAAUCUACUGAUAGCUUCAAACUUGUGCUUAAACAACAAAACCAGGAUCCUUUGGUGAUGGGCUCUCAAGAUCAAGCAGAAGAAAAAUCCGAUGCAUUACAUAUGGAGCAAGAAGUUGAGCAUUUUAAAAGGGUAAAGUUUCAUUAUGACAUAAACUUCUAUUUUCAAAUGUUUAGUUUUCUUGCAAUGAAAUGUCCAGCUAUCAGCAGGUCCCUAUAAUUGAUUUAGAAGCAGUAACAGCCAAAUUUUUGUUUUUAACUAAAAACAAAAGGAAGCCUAAAGAGUGAAAAUGACAAUAACGUUUCUCUCAUGUAAAUCGAGGAGACCUUUAAUAGCUAAACUACAUAUGUACCUUCCUUGUUUUUAUUUUUGCCUUGAACUCAGCAGCUAUUCAAGAAGGAAAUGGUAAUUGUUUUUCCUUCCUGAAAAUCAAUCAGACGGGUUUCUUAGCGCGACGGUAUUGAGCUGAAGCUUUCUCAGGUAGUCUUGAAGUGUUAAACUAUAUACUUUACUUCUCUGGAUGCGAGAAAGAGCGGAAACUCUCUCCAGUGAUAGAGAAGUUUACCCUUAUAAUUGGCCUGAGACGGUGAGCAAAGAGACGGUGAAUCUACUAACCUCUGUAAAUUUUGGUCCUAACUCUUGUAUAACCCUACAUUGAAACUUCAUCUUUAGUGUGUAUUUUUCUCUCUUCA